AUGGCUCAGUCUAAUGAAAAAGUUGAUUUUUCUGGCUUAUUUAAAUUGGAUGUGCUAAUUCAUGCAGAUAUUGUAUCGUACAGUUUCUAUGAAGUCGGUCUAAAGAAGUUUUUUGCAUUUUCAAGUGACAAAGAAUUAUUUUUCAUAUAUAUUGAUCCAUUGUCAAAGAGGUUUGAACGAAAUUAUGAUUGGGACUUCGUGGAUAAUCCAGUUUAUUGCAUGUGUUUUGAGCCUAGUGGGACCUGGACAAUUAUUUUAAGUGAACAGAAAGUGCUUCUAGUACCUUUUCUACCCCAAUUCAUUCCACAAAAUGACUUCGAUCACAAGUGGUCUUUGUCAAGUGUUACUGUUCUUCCACUUGGUAACAUUCCAAAACCUACAUCAGUGGUAUUUUGGCUUACUAAAGAGUCUGAAAAUAUACUCAUAAUUGCAUCUAAGGGCGGAACAAUAUCCUUUUAUUCAUUGGAGACCCAGAGUGUUGUAGGGGAAUGCAAGGUGUCAGGAGAGAUUACAGAUUUACAGAUUUGUUUUGAUGACUCAUUGGAUUUGUUAGCACUUUUGAUUUCGAGCACUAAAUCACAACAGUGGAAAUUAGUAUUAGAGCACAGAUCAUAUGGUUAUAGUUGGUUACAACAAAUCAAAGCUAACGACAGAGAUAAAAAAGAUGGAUUUAUGUCUUAUAUAAAGCAACUAUCAAAGGAUAAAAUUACACUUUUUAUUCAAGGAAGUUCAAAAGAUGAACACAAGUCACAAACAGUUGAGUAUGUAUUGAAACCAACCGAAUACCUUCCGCUGUUUAGAAAAGGUUCGAAUAAUUGGGCAUUGACUGCUCAGUAUGUAAACGGAAGACAUUUCCUGACUGCGUUUGAAUUAAAUGAGGGAACAAUGAUACUUGAAAGCCCUGAAGAAGACACACCAUCUAGAACUCUGAGACCACAAAUAAAAAAGGAUGGCUUAUAUGUACAAGGCUUGUGGUCCCAAAGGUUAAUUUAUCUAUUGAGGAAAAAUGAAAUUGAGGUGCACAGUUCCAGCUUUUCAGUCAUUCAGCACGAAGGCUCACAAGGAGUUAAUCGAGAUUUUACUGAAAUGUGGUCUGCGGAACUCAUCGGCGAUGUGCAGCGCGCUCAUCUUAUGGCUGCUAAAGACGCCUCCACAACAACUGGGGAUUGGCAAGAGCCAACGUUUUUGUGUGAUUUGCAACUACCGAGGUUCACUUUACAACCGUGUUUGAUUGUAACAAACUGCGGUGCAUAUAUAUUGAAUACUAUCUGCGAGGUGUGCGAGUGGCUCGUUGGCACGAUAUGUCGUGGCGGGACGGGCGCGGAGCAGCGCGCGGCGGCGCUGGGCGCGGCGCUGCCCCCGCUGCUGCGCGCCGCCGCGGACCUGCUCAUGUCGCGGGGGAACAUCGCAUCCGCGCACUACCUCUACUCGUUAGCGCAAAGUCCACCAGAUGGCUGGGUAGCCCGACUAGGUGUGUUUGGUCGUCUCCACGAACUGUCCAUGUUUAAACAGUCAGCGAAUGUCGGAAGUCUUGGGAAUGCUGCAAUUAUCGUCAAAUUACUGGCUGUGUUGAUCAAAAUGUCUACUAAUGAAGAAGAAAUAUUCGACUGGGAUGUAAAAUUCACAACUCUUAAUCCGGCUGAACUAUUGGAAUUGGCUUCAUUUGCUGCUGCGGUUGGCUUGUGGGAGAUGCUACCAUUAUUCAGCAUUCACAGAGGAUACCCUAACAUACUUCUGUCAGCAGUAAAGUCUCGAAGUGCUAUAUGCAGAGGAGCUUUAAACUGUCUCCUUAGGGAGCAAUGUGUUGUACCACUGCUGUUGGAAGAAGACAGCCAAUGGCUCCUUGAUUUUAUUAUUGGCAAUUGUGAAAAGUUUGACACCUUCCUACUUAAAUGUCUAUGUUUGUGGUUGAAUCCGUUACAAGACCAACUGCGGCCUGUAAUGAGGGACAUGAAGCAGGGCAUAUCCACAGUUUAUACAGCAAAAAUGACGCAACUAAUAUCUACGUUCGUCAAUGUCGCCUGUGCUGUGGAAGCCCGGGAACCAUGUCAAGAUAUACAUUUGGAGGUCACGCAACCUCCAUCCGACACAUGGAAGAAUCAAGUGUUCACACCCAGACGCUCCCUCACUUGCGGGCUGGCGCAUUGGGCCGUGGUCAGCGACGGCAACGCCAGAGUUAUGAUGGCUAGUACACCAGUCAACACGGAGCUCAUCGGCAGGGUUAUAGACGUGGCCUGUGGACGGCACCACACUCUCAUCUUAACGGAAAAUGGAUUGUACAGCGCGGGCGACAACACGUUCGGUCAGCUGGGCGUGGGGCGGCGGUGGCGGGGGGCGGCGGGCGAGGCGGCGCGCGCGUCGGGCGGCGUGCUACGCGUGCGGCUCGCGGGGGGCGCGCCCCUCGUGUGCGUCGCCGCCGGACACUACCACUCCGCCGCGGUGGACGCCGGCGGGCGACUCCUCACGUGGGGGUGGGGAGUGCACGGUCAGCUGGGCCUCGGAAACAUCGACGAUCAGUGGACCCCACAACUGGUUACGAAGUUUUUGGGGAGAAAGGUGCAGAGCGUGGGGUGCGGCGCGUGUCACUCGGUGCUGCUGACGCGCGGCGGCGAGCUGUGGGCGUGCGGCGCCAGCGUGUUCGGGCAGCUGGGCACUGGGCAGCGCGGCAAGGCGUCGCUACCGGUGCGCGUGGCGCUGCACGAGCCGGUGCGCGCCCUCGCCGCCGGAUACUUUCAUAACUUGGCGUUAACACAUAAAGGCGAGGUGUACGUGUGGGGCGCCAGUCCGCAGCAGGUGCGCGCCGCCGCCGCACGACGCGCCGCAGAGCCCUCCUCCCCCACCCUGCCCUUCCACGACGAUAACGACAGAUACCUCGCACCCUCCUGCGUCGACACUACCAACGUGCGAGGGAGAAUCGUACAGAUAUCCGCUGGUUGGCAUCAUUCAUGCAUAAUAAACAACAUGGGCUCGAUUUAUACUUGGGGACUUAAUUUCGAUGGACAGCUAGGCAGUGGCGAUAGAAAACAAAUACAGAUUCCAACCGAAGUUAAAAUUCGUACGGAGACACAACCUCAUACUAUGAAAAGCGAUAGUGAGAAAACUACAGAUGCUGAUGAAAAUAUGGAGUUUAAUACCAAAGCGUUGGUCGGGUGCGGUGGUGACUUCACCGUAUAUAUCGACGACGAUGGACGAAUUUAUUCUACUGGCAACACUCAUUUACAGAUCUCCAAUGAAAAAACGAAGGGAGGUAAUCGGGUUAUUAUGAUGAAAACAACGAAACGCGUAAUCAAGAUUCCAGCGAGCCGCACGAACCAUAAGUUCCUUUUCCAGCCCGUUGCCGCUGUCGACAUGUUAUCUAGCGCCAACGACUUGCAAAGGCAACCUAUAGUAUCGCAACUAAACCCACUACAGUCCAUGAAGGAUUUCAAAAGGAAGUCGUGGGCCGAUGACGUCAUAAUGCUACUCAAACCGUGGAUAAACGAAGCCAAUGUAGCAAGGAAUUUAAAUAUGGCUGCCAAAUUAGCUUAUCAUAAUAACGCAUACUCUGAGUGUUUGAGGUUAAUGUUAGAGAAUUUAAAACGCGGUCCCCAAAACGAUUGUUUCUACGUGCAACACAGCACGCCCCUUGAGAUUGAACACAGCGCGGACUGCGAGGCUGGACCACCUACCCGGAAAGACGAGGUCAAAAUAACUAUUACAAAUGUCAUAGCAAAAAGGAUAAAAGAGGUGUCCUUGGCUAUUCUGAACGACGUCGCCUAUAACGUAAUAGAUCCAUCAACCUUUAAAUCAUUACCGUGUUGCUGUGAUGAAUUAAAAUAUCUGUUGAAGAAAAAACUACCCAAUGCAACGGUAAACAUUUUCGAACAAGAUCUCUCUGGUAAAGCAGCUGAUGUGAUUGAUAAAUUGAUAAAUAUAUUCCCCGUGGACGCAACACUGUGGGAAAUAUGUUUCCGUUUGUCUAAAGAUUUUUACAUUAAUAACAGUUUAUCUAUAACUGAACUGGAACGUGUUUUGCGUAAGUAUAUGGAAUCUAAUGCCACUACAAUGAUUACUGCGAUACUGUAUUCGAAAGAUUGUUCAGAAUACAGUGAGAUUUUGUCACCAAAAUUUUACUUGAAUAUGUGCAAUCAGGUAAUGGACACAUGGGGCUGAAUUAGCAAGGGAUUUGAAAGAUGACUCAGAGCAAUUAUUGGUGUUAGUUUCCAAUGAUAUCCAUCAAAUUAAUGUUUGCAUCAAUUUGCAGAUCCCUUGAUCUUAUCGUAGAUUUAAUAUUAUCGUAGAUUUUUUAAACAUUAUUAUAACCUACAAGUAUUCGCAAUUGCGAUACUAUUAUUGUAAUACUAAACAAUGAGCGAUUAUUUUUAAAACGAAUCAAAUUAUAAAAUUGUUUUGUUUGAUUUUUCGUUUGUUGUUCGAAUUUGUUAUUCUUACAGGAUUAUGUUUUAAUGUUA